UGUCGGCUGGCUGGUGUGGUUGCUGUUUCAGUACUGCCAGCAGGGAGAGCAGAACAAGCUGCUGAAGUGGCAGAAGGAGCGACUGCUUGAGUACGCCAGAGAGUUCCCUCCUGUCACAUGGCACCUUGAUAGGAGGUUGAAGAAAGUGCAAAUGAAGAAAGAGCGGGCUCCUCCGACCGUCUCCGACCUCUCUCAGCAGGACCCCAGCUACGCCAGCGAUGCAGAGUUGUUGGCUGCUGCAGGUGCAGAGGCUGCUGCAGCAGGGCCACGACGAGUGGUACGUGGAGCGGCGUGACCUGUACCAGACUCUGCUGUACGAUGCCCACACAGCUGGAUCCGCUUCAUCUCAGGGGGGCAUCCUGUCCUAUGUGAGAGCAGCUGGCACUUACACCCCUCCCAUUGCCCAGUCUCCCCUUCCGUCUGCUCGUCUCCUGAGGCGUGCUCACCUGAUCAUGGAGAUCGAAAAGAUGCCCGUCUACAGACACCAGAUCCUCAGUGUGACUGGAGAAAUCCUGUGCAUUGAUGGUACAAGAAAAGUCCUCAAGAAGAUAUAUGGUGAUGGCCAGGGUACCAUGCAGUACGUCACCAGUGUACUGAACGAGUGGGGCCAGUUCUUGACGACAGUGGUGGUGGCAGCUGAGUCAGAGGGGUGCUACGCGCGCAUGGCGAAAGGUCUCAUUGCCCGGUUUCGACGUGCCAAUGCUCCUGCACCGAAAGUAAUUUAUGCAGACAACAACUGCUGUCGUGACAGCGGUUCCUCCUUUCUGGAGAGUCUGUUUGCUGACUGGGUACAGCAGGGUGCUGUGGUCAGACUGGACAUCCGACACUGGCUACAUCGCUGGGAUGCUGUUGUGAUCAAACAGAGCCAUGCCAAGUACGGGUUGUUCAUGAGUGCCUUGGCGGGUGCGGUGCUCGCCUACAACAACACGGACAUGAUGCUCCUGGUCCAGGCUGUCAGGAGUGGCAACGCAGAGCUGUACGGCAGGUAUUCCGACGAGGAGAUGAUAGCCUUCCUCAAGCCUCACCAGGUCAGAUCGUAUGUGAGGCGCAUCACCCGUGGGGUUGUGGAGUCUGCUUUGGUGAUUGAGGCCAUCAUUGCCGAGUUAUACAAUACCAGUCAAAAUGGUCAUGUGUUUCAGGCAUACCUGAUGGCCUUUGCUGUGCAGUGGAACAACCGCAUGGCAUCACUCCGGGUUGCUGGCGGUCAGGGUCGGCAGACGUCAUGCAUGGACGCGCGGCAGAUCCAGCGCAUCAAUCAGCAGGCUGAGCUUCUGUUCGGCAAGGAGCACGUCCUGGAGCCCAACUUUGCUGCUCCACUGCCCGUCCCUGAUGCGUACGAGCACCCAGACGAGGAGGAGCUCCUUGGCGUGGAGUAUGCCGUGUGCCAGUCUACCAGCUUCACUGCUAAAAAUUUCUAUGUGCAGAAAGUUGAGGAAGAGCAGUCUCGUGAGGAGGAGGAGGAGGAGUCUGAGGAGUCGGCUGAGACAGAUGAAGAUGAAGAGAUGGCAGAUGAGGGUCUUGGCAUGUCUGCAGAGUCAGAGGAGGAUCCUAUUGACAGCUUCUGCAGGAACCAUGCCAUCCUCACCAAGGCAGAACAGGUGGAGGAGGAGGACAGCCCCGCUCUGCAAGAUGUGCUCAUGACCCAGGGACAUCUGCAUCUGCCAGGAAUAGAAGAAGUGGAGGCACUGGCCUUGCUGCUCCUAGAACUGGUAGACGACAGCGACCGCCACCUAGUGCCAGCUGACCUGAGGCAGAAGAUCAUCACCGCCGCCAGCUCUCUUCACGAGCACGACAAGACCGCCGCCAGAUUUGUUAAAAAAUAUGAGUCCAGGUGGGGCUACACCCUGUUUGGCCGGUGUCUUGGGGCUGACACCCACGAGACCAGAGCAGCUCAGAAAACAAAGUUUGGCUGGAUGAGGUUCCCUCAGGCGGCACAGGUGACAGAGGACAGCCGUCUGCUCUACCUCCUCAUCAAGAUGCUCAAAAACCGACCGCCGUGCAGUCAACUCUCCUCCCCCAGUAAAGUCGUGGCUUCUAUUAAGGGGCAGUAUAAAAGGAUUGCAGACCGACUAAGAGACGAUGCCAUCCUGUGCGGCCUCGCCAUUCCUCUGCCCAAUGUGAAUGCGAAAUCCAUCUCCACCUUUAUUGUGAGGGAGGAGAAAAAGGCCAACUACAGAGCAACAGUAAUGCCCAGAGUGACACCACACAAGAAAGUGUUGUCAGACACACCGCUUCCAGAAGCUCCUGUGCUGCCAACAUCCUUGCCUCCACCAGAUCGGCCUGAAGUGCAGUACCAGCACCUUCAUCACCUGGCUGGGAAAAGGCAGGGUGAGAAGCGGAGGUUAGCUUUUGAAGAGCCAGAACCGGCCCCUGUGAACCGACCCAUUCCGCCAAACCCCGCGAACCGGCCCAUUCAGCCAAAGCCUGCUGCGUCUGCCCAUAUUCCACCCGCUGUGUCGGCAGCUGCACCUCUACUCCUGGUUCUUCCUGCACAGCCACAAGCUCCCUCCAUCAAACUUCUGGGGCCAUCAGGCAGUCAGGGCUUUGUACCUGUGGCACAGCCCCCUGCACCAACCACCAAGCAACUCAUGCCCAACAAGUCCUUGCGGCCAUGUGGGGCUUGCCAAGUGCCUCAGUGUGGUGGGCAGCGUAAAAGGUACACACCUUCAAAGGACAAAGCAGCUGGAAGCAACCAGAAGAUAUUUACCUACUGCCCGGCAACUAGGAAAUCCACUACCUCUGGGUUUGAAGAUGUUUGCUAUGAUAAUUUUGAACACUUCAAAAGUGUGGUGGAUAUAGCCUUAGAAAAAAGGAAAAGCAGUUAG